AUGAACAGGUGGUUGCUCAACGUAGUUCUACUGAUGGUGGUGCUGGUGCGCGAUGCGUCCGCCUCCAAGAUAUUGAUCGUAGCACCAACAGCAUCCAUCAGCCACCAAAAGCCAUUUCAAAUUUUAACGAAGGCUUUGCUUCAACGCGGCCACGAGGUUACGUUUUUCACAACCGAUCCCCUCACGAUAUCCCACGAGAAUCUUACACAGAUCGAUAUAUCUGUGACAUACAAACUGAUAAGGCAAAUGGAUUUUGUAGCUAUGACUGAUAUGUCACCUGUAUUGUCUGUUGCGAUUUCAACAGACAUGGGGGUUAACGUGGUUAGGGCUCAGCUGAGUGAGCCGGCGGUACAGGAUUUCAUUAGGAAAAACCACACGUUCGACCUGGUGAUGUUCGAGAGGCUGCCUUACCAGGCCUACCACGGCCUCUUCCACAAGGUCGGGUCGCCUCCGGUAAUUGGCGUCGUGACGUUGACGGCGUUGUCGGCCAUGUACUACAGCCACGGAAAUGCAAUGAACCCAGCCUACCUACCCGAUGUCUGGUUGGGGUUCUCCGAUCACAUGACCUUCUGGCAACGCCUGUACAAUACGUUCUUCUACCUCUGGGUCAACUAUCUUUGGUAUUGCGAAAUUCUCCCACGGCAAGACAACAUCAUGAGAGAGUACUUCGGUACGGACCCGCCUUCACUUUUCGAAACUGAGCAUAACUACAGCUUGUUUAUCGUCAACAGCCACUUUUCGACGGAGUAUCCACGACCACACCUACCGAGUGUCGUAGAGGUCACUGGCAUCCAUGUAUCGCCAAAGACAGAACGAUUACCAAAGAACAUGCAGGAAUUCCUCGAUGGAGCCGAACACGGUGUCAUCUACUUUAGUCUCGGCUCGAAUGUCCGAAGCAACGCUCUGCCAGUGGAGAAGAUCCAGGCCUUCCUGGAGGCGUUCAGGCAGCUGCCGCAGCGCGUCCUCUGGAAAUGGGAGAACGACUCCAUGCCGUCUCAGCCAGAAAAUCUGAUGGUCAGCAAGUGGCUGCCGCAGGAAGCCGUCCUUGCUCACCCGAAAGUUCGCCUCUUCAUUACGCAAGGUGGUCUCCAGAGCAUGAAUGAGGCCAUGUACCACGCGGUACCGUUUCUAGUCAUCCCAUUCAUGGCUGACCAGCCACAUAUUGCUGCCAAGAUUGCCCAAGCCGAGAUCGGCGUGAGAAUGGAGUUGAGGGACGUUACGAAGGACACACUACUGUCUGCUAUACGAACUGUUUUGGAGGAUCCAAAGUACAUGGAUAAUACGAAGAGACUGUCGGCCGUGUUCCGCGAGCACAAGGCGGACUCGCUGGAGCGGGCGGUGUGGUGGAUCGAGUACGUGAUCCGCCAUAAGGGGGCCCCUCACCUGCGGAGCGCAGCCCUCGACCUGCACUGGUGGCAGCUGCUGCUGCUGGACGUCGUCGCUUUCGUUCUGGCGGUCGCCGCUCUCACACUCUUCGUCGUCUACUUCGUCACGCGGCGGGUAGUUUCCUUCUUCAGAGGCAGCAAACAAAAGCAGAAGCAGAAGAGACACUGAUCAACCAAAAAAUACACUGUGGGCAGUGUACUAUUUCGUAAUCUGAGCUUCGAUAAUCUUGCCAUGCCCCCGGUUCCUAAGGAAUAGGAAAAUCCAAAUUGUAACACAUUACAUGUGUUUUAUUUUCUGCCAGACGAAGUGUACAUCAAAUUAACGUUGCGAUAGCUUGCAGUCUGGUAUUGUAUAAUUCUCAGGCACUCCUGGGUGGGCAAUCCAAGCUGCAGUCUCGCAAGAAAACCA